AUGGCCGAGACGAGAAGACGCCACGCAUUCAACGCCAUCUGUGCCACCGGAGAAGAACUGUUGCUCGGAACAAGCGACAAUAGAGGAGCUGGCGGCAUCGGCGUUCUCGUCAACACUAGUUUGUCCAUGAACGUCGAUUCAUUCGAACAAAUAACAACUCCACUCGGACGUUUACGAUUGAAGAGAUGUGGAUCAAUACCGGCACUGACAAUCUUCACCACUUCGGCGGCGACAUCAAGCCAUGACGAAGACGAACUAUAA